GAAGAAGUGAGGAAGAGACACAUCCGUCUGCACAUGGAGGGGACGCUCACCGCCCGCGACAAGGUCGGAGUGCAGGACUUCGUGCUGUUGGACGCCUACACCAGCGAAUCCGCCUUCCUGGAGAAUCUUCGCAAGCGUUUCAGAGAGAACCUCAUCUAUACAUACAUCGGGACGCUGCUCGUGUCCGUGAAUCCGUACCAGGAGCUGGGAAUCUACACCGCCAGCCAGAUGGAACUUUACCAGGGCGUUAAUUUCUUUGAACUCCCACCACAUGUCUACGCCAUCGCCGACAACGCCUACCGCAUGAUGUGCUCAGAGCUGAACAAUCACUUCAUCCUCAUCUCUGGAGAGAGCGGGGCUGGGAAGACGGAGGCCUCCAAGAAGAUCCUCCAGUACUUCGCGGUGACCUGCCCGAUGACUGAGUCACUCCAGAUAGCCCGGGACAGGCUGCUGCUUUCCAUCCCAAUCCUGGAGGCUUUCGGAAAUGCCAAGACACCCCGGAAUGACAACUCCAGCAGAUUUGGGAAGUAUAUGGACAUACAGUUUGACUUCCAGGGCAUCCCUGUAGGCGGGCAUAUCAUCAGUUACUUGAUCGAAAAAUCCCGCGUUGUCUAUCAAAACCACGGGGAGCGGAAUUUCCACAUCUUCUACCAGCUGCUGGCAGGUGGGGAAGUGGAGCGCCUCACCUCCCUGGGACUUGAGCAGGACCCCCAGCUGUACAAAUACCUCUCUCAGGGUCAUUGUGCCCGAGAGUCACCUAUCAACGACAGGAAUGACUGGAAAACUGUGUCCAAUGCCUUUUCUGUCAUCGACUUUACGGAAGCUGACCUUGAGAACCUCUUUGGGAUCAUUGCCAGCGUCCUACACCUGGGCAACAUCUGUUUCAAGGAGGACAAGCAAGGCUGUGCCAGCGUUCCGGACACUCAUGAAAUCAAGUGGAUUGCCAAGCUCCUGGGGGUCUGCCCGGUGGUUCUCCUGGAAGCUCUCACCCACAGGAAGAUUGAAGCCAAAACAGAGGAGGUGAUAUGCCCACUGACGGUAGAACUCUCCGUUUACGCUAGAGAUGCCAUGGCGAAGGCCGUUUACGGACGGACGUUUACUUGGCUGGUCAAUAAAAUCAAUUCCUCCCUAGUCAACAAGGAUUUUACCCAAAAGACUGUGAUUGGGUUGCUGGACAUCUACGGUUUCGAAGUCUUUGACAAGAACGGUUUUGAACAGUUCUGUAUAAACUACUGCAACGAGAAACUGCAGCAGCUGCUGAUAGAGAGGACGCUGAAGGCCGAGCAGGCCGAGUAUGAAUCCGAAGGCAUCGAGUGGGAGCCUGUUCAGUACUUCAACAACAAGAUCAUCUGUGAUUUGGUCGAAGAGAGACACAGAGGGAUCAUGUCUAUUCUGGAUGAAGAAUGCAUCCGUCCAGGUCCCGCUACAGACUUGAGUUUCCUGGAGAAGCUGGAAGAGAAAGUGGGCAAGCAUGCACACUUCCAAACCAGGAAGCUGGCUGGUCCAAAGGGCUGGAAGAGGAUUGGCUGGCUGGAGUUCCGCCUCCUGCACUACGCGGGGGAGGUCACCUACAGCACCAAAGGAUUCUUGGAGAAAAACAACGACCUGCUUUACAGACACCUGAAGGAGGUGCUGUGCGGGUCCAAGAACAGCAUCCUGAGGGAGUGUUUCCUGGUGGCCGAGCUUGAAAACCGGAGGCGGCCACCCACGGUGGGGACUCAGUUUAAGAACAGCCUGAGUAGCCUCCUGGAACUUCUCAUCUCCAAGGAGCCGUCGUACAUCCGCUGCAUCAAGCCCAACGAGAGGAAAGAGCCCAGCAAGUUUGACGACUUCCUCAUCAGCCAUCAGAUCAAGUACUUGGGGCUAAUGGAGCACCUGCGUGUGCGGAGGGCGGGCUUCGCCUACAGGCGCAAGUAUGAGCAUUUCCUGCAAAGGUACAAGUCUUUGUGCCCAGACACCUGGCCACAUUGGCACGGACCCCCAGGAGAGGGCGUCGAGCGGCUGAUCAAGUAUAUCGGCUACCAACCUCAGGACUACAAGUUAGGAAAAACCAAAAUAUUCAUUCGCUUCCCCAGAACCCUGUUUGCUACCGAAGAUGCCUUUGAAUUUAGUAAACAUCAAUUAGUUUCAAGAAUCCAAGCCACAUACAAAGGCUGCCUGCGAAGGAGGGAAUAUGUGAGGAAGAGACAAGCAGCCACCAAGUUAGAAGCCCACUGGCGCGGAGCCCUGGCUCGCAGGGAGAUCAAGAGGAGGAGGUGGGCUGUGCAGAUCAUCCGGAGGUUCGUCAAGGGUUUCAUCAACCGUGACAAACCCCUUUGCCCUGACAAUGAGGAGUUUGUAGUGCUCGUCAGGAAGAAUUACAUCUUGAAUCUUCGCUACCAUGUGCCAAAGAGUGUCCUGGACAAGAGCUGGCUGAGGCCUCCGGGCAUCCUGGAAAAUGCUUCGAAUCUGCUCCGGAAGCUGUGCAUGAGGAACCUUGUUCGGAAGUACUGCCGGGGAGUCUCAGCCGAGAGGAAAGCCAUGAUGCAGCACAAGGUGGUCACGAGUGAAAUAUUCAAGGGGAAGAAGGCAGGGUAUGCAGAGAGCCUAAACCAACCCUUUGCCAGCAGCCGGCUGGAUGAAAGCGACAUAAAUCCCAAAGUGCUUCAACUGCUCGGCAGUGAGAAAAUCCAGUAUGGCGUCCCGGUCAUCAAGUACGACAGGAAAGGCUUCAAGGCACGUCAGCGGCAACUCCUCCUCACUCCGAGGGCAGCGUACGUGGUGGAACUUUCCAGAAUCAAGCAGAAGAUUGAGUACUCAGCCCUGAGAGGGGUCUCCACUAGCAGCCUGAGCGAUGGAAUCCUGGUUCUUCACGUUUCACCGGGGGACAAACAGCAAAAGGGGGAUGCCAUUCUGCAGUGUGAGCACAUAUUUGAGGUCGCCACUAAACUGGCCAUGCUGAUUAAGAAGGAACAUGCCGUCCGGGUUGUUCAAGGAAGUUUACAGUUUUACAUCAGUCCUGGGAAAGAAGGCACAAUAGUUUUUGAGACUGGAGUGGAAGACCAGGUCUACAAGGACAAAAACGGACAGUUAACAGUGGUGAGUGGUUGCGUGGAAGGGAGGAAGUGCUGGAGGAUCUGUAUGUGCAUGUAACAAACUGAGUCCAUUUCCCCUCUUGUCCUCUGGAAGAAAGGGACCAGAGGGCACCUGAAAUACAACCGUGAGUGAGAAGGAUGGCCAGGUCUCACUUGUCAUCAGUUGUCACAAGUAUUAAAGCCCACCAAAGGCUCUCCUGUGUGCUCAGGUACCACCCUGAGCUGCAGAAGAUCCUAGGUCUAAGGAGCCUCACGGGUUUGUGAAAACUGGAGGCUAGUUCUCACACACUGGUCACAAGGCCCUCCCCGCUCUCUCUGGGUCGUAGCAAUCCGAGGAUGAUUUGGGGUGGUAUGCUGUAAGGAGGCAACAUGCUGAAAGCAGGUGGGAUCUAUGAAAUGCAUUUUCUGUAUACAUUUACGCUAAUAUGUAAAACCGGUCUGCGGGUAUAAAGAGUUCACACGUACCUUUCACAACAUAGUGGCCCUUCCCCACCCCGGUCAGAGACGAGUGAAGGUCCACUCUGAAUGUGAGGUAGGCAAUCUUUUAGUGAUGUGAGUGCUGCCAGGACCCUGCAGCCACACAGUCCACCUUCUUCCAUGCCUGCCCAAGGCUGAAGAUGGGGCACUGCUAGGUUUCUCUGCGCUCCUUUCUAACCUGGCUGGUCCCUUAGGAGGUAGAGGGGGCUCCCAGUGGUAGCUCCCUCCUCCAGGGCUGAGGCUCUAAAGCCAGGUGCCCUUCUCCUCAGGUGUCGGCAGGGAAGAAGACCUGACAGAGGAUGACCUUUGCCCCUUAAGGUCACUGUUUCUGUUCCAACUGAGCAACAAGCACGGAUUUGAUCCAGUUAGCCAUGCCUUCAAGGACAGUGCCAGCAGCUCCUGGAGAAUGGAUUGCAUCAGCAGAACCUGUGCUAUAUGGCAAAGCCAGACCUCAGCUGCUUGGGCGCCAGGUGGUAAUGCAUCAAAUGUUUCCUGGGAGCCAACCCUGAGUCAUCCACCUGUCCCCAGUAGAACCCAUUACAGGGUGGGUGGCAGCCUUGGGAGUAAAGGAAAUGUCAUCGAGAGGCACAACUUCAAUUCUGCUGUAAAUGACACUUCCAUGUUGCCAGGGACUGGGCCAGGUUUGCACAGGUGCUUUAGAUCCUACAGGGUGUUCACAUCCUCCUGAACAGACUGGACUGUGAAGUAGGAGGUGGGCCCUUGCUCUUUGCUGUACAUCAGCAGCCCCGCAGACAAGCAUUCCCGAAAUGACCAGAGGCAGGUGUGAACAGAAGCACAGUUUAAUGUUUACUUUACAUGUGUCCACAGACGCUUGUACAACAGUGAGCAUGUCUAAAGCUCCCAGGAUUGUUUCCACAGUGCGGACAGGAAGGUUAGUGAUGUGCUAACAUGACCAGGGACUUUGGGCUGAGUACCAGCAGUGAGCAGCAGGUAUGGGAGCUUGCACCUAAACGGGACGACAACUUACAGAUCGGUCCAACAGCCAGCCCACCUUCCCCAGGAAGGCACCAGAAGGCUGUGUCAGGACCUGCUCGGGGUGUGGGCCCCAGAUGCCACAAACACUGGACUUGGUUACCAUGGACAAAAAGCUAUUCCAAUUUAAUUGUGAGCCAUUAAUGUGCAAUAAAAGUCACUCUUUACACCAAACCCAGGAGCAGUGAUUCACUGGAUGGCUCUGCACUGGAAAUGCUGACUGCUGUCCGUCAUGCUAGCCUGUGAAAUGUGGAGCAGAGCUUUGGACCGACGGACACCGGGCCAGGCCCUGGCAGACGCAGCUGCCGGCGCUACCAGGCACCGUGGAAGGUUUGCCAGGCCUGGUCCUAUCGCUGGGCGCGGGAGGUGCAAAGCUGUAGGCACAAG